ACUAGUUGUGACUAGUGAGAGACAGUACUGUGAAUCCUUGGACUUUGAGAGCUACGAAAUGGCACCGACCUCGUCGUUCCCCAUCAUCGACAUGGCGUUGCUCGCCGGGGAGGAGCGGCCUGCAGCGAUGGAACUGCUGCAUGACGCAUGCGAGAACUGGGGAUUCUUCGAGGUCCUGAACCACGGCAUCUCGACGGAGCUGAUGGACGAGGUGGAGAAGAUGACCAAGGGCCACUACAAGCGUGUGCGCGAGCAGAGGUUCCUCGAGUUCGCCAGCAAGGCGCUCAACGACGACGGCGGCCAGGGCGCGAAGGCGGAGAACCUGGACUGGGAGAGCACCUUCUUCGUGCGCCACCUCCCGGAGUCCAACCUCGCCGGCGUCCCCGACCUCGACGACGACUACCGGCGGGCCAUGAGGCGGUUCGCGGCGGAGCUGGAGGACCUGGCGGAGCGGCUGCUCGACCUGCUCUGCGAGAACCUCGGCCUGGAGAAGGGCUACCUCACGCGGGCCUUCCGUGGCCCCGCCGGCGCCCCCACCUUCGGCACCAAGGUCAGCAGCUACCCGCCGUGCCCGCGCCCCGACCUCGUCAGCGGCCUCCGCGCCCACACCGACGCCGGCGGCAUCAUCCUUCUCUUCCAGGACGACCGCGUCGGCGGCCUCCAGCUGCUCAGGGACGGCGAGUGGGUCGACGUGCCGCCCGUGCGCCACUCCAUCGUCGUCAACCUCGGCGACCAGCUGGAGGUGAUCACCAACGGCAGGUACAAGAGCGUGAUGCACCGGGUGGUGGCGCAGGCCGACGGCAACCGGAUGUCCAUCGCGUCGUUCUACAAUCCAGGCAGCGACGCCGUCAUCUCCCCGGCGCCGGCGCUGGUGGAGAAGGACGCCGGCGGGACGUACCCCAGGUUCGUGUUCGAGGACUACAUGAAGCUGUACGUGCGCCACAAGUUCGAGGCCAAGGAGCCCAGGUUCGAGGCCUUCAAGGCCAUGGAGACCGAGACCCCCAACCGCAUUGCCAUCGCCUGAUCGAUGACAUGAUGUAGCAACGAUCCCCUAGCUUCCGGAUCGAUCGAUCGAUCAGUGGCAGUAUGUGUUCUAGUCGUGUUCGUAGUGUGAUCGUGUGCACGCCUGCAUGGUCGGCUCGUUUUCUUCCUGAAUAAAGCUGCGUCUCGUCACCUUGGAUUGUCAAUUUGUCAGUUGUUGUGCGCGUGCUGUUUUGCAUGUACGGCCAUGUAUCUUUGUCGGCUGUCCUUGUGUACCUGAUAGCUCGUUAUGCGGCGUGCUGUACCGUGUCACGGGUUGUUAUUUCGAAUCUAGUUCUAUAAUAUCGUGGGGAUUUAUGAUAUUAUUCUG